AUGGCUAUGAUGAAAAUAGUAUCUGUAAAAAUAACAAUAGUAAUAAUAUUUGUGUCUUUUUUGAUUGUCAUAGAUUCUAAAAUGAGAUUGGAGGAGGAUCUGGUGAUCCGCAGGAGCCGACCCACGAUGAUCUCCGCUAAAUAUCGCGCCCGCGAAGAACGUCGCCGUUUGCUUAAGAUUUCCGCCGGCAAGCUGAGGAGGAUCGAGGACCCUGAAGCGAGUUUAUGCCGAUCAGUUCUCAUAAAUAAUGCUGUACGACGAUUGCAGCGUGAAAAUCGGGACGAGAAGACACGGAGUUACGGUACGCUUCCAGUGGUGGCAUCAUACAUGGAUGCCAGCAAGGAAAAUAACAUCGCCGAGAAUCUCAUUGCCGACGUAACGGAUGAGGAAACCUCCUCUAGAAAGAGGUAUGACAUCGGACCCGAGUAG